GUUAUUUUAGAGAGGGGUGGAGGGUAACAAUGAAUGGUGUCUGCUGAUUCGUAAGAAAGAUGUGGAAAGUUUGUUAGAAAAAAAAUGCUUGUCUCCUUCGAAUCGCGGCAACCGGAUUCCUCUCAAUUGUUUCUAGAUUGGGGCUGAUAUUAUUACCGUUGCUAAUAGCAAUAAUAGUAAAUAGUAACAAAUAACGAUAACAAGUAGCUGUAGCUGUAGGAGAGACAGUUGAGCAUCGUUGGUGGUAGCGUUGCGUUGUUGAUGAGGCGGUGAAGUGCGGUGCGUUGCGGGACGUAGCAUCACAACAAAAAUAUACGUUAGUGUUUUGGGUGCUCGGGUAAAGUGAUGAUUGUUUUUUUUUUCUUCAUCAACAUCUAUAUACUAUUAUUAUUGUGAGCGCGUAGUGUAUUUAUUGUGCUCUUUGUAUGUGAGAUGAGUGGCUUCUCGUAGGAUGGACAUCACGAAGACUCAAUUCGCGAAGCUGGUGCUCGGCUACUUGAAAAUUGAGCAAUGCCAUAUCGCAUACAAUACCUUUCUGAGCACAUCACCCUACUUGAAAGACUAUGUGAAUCCCACCAAACGGAGACAUUUGGUCACGAGGAUCCAGGGGCUAAGCCUACAUGAUAUCCUAGAGGAAUUUUCAAAAAUAUACACAAUAAUUCAGGAACAUUUGGAAGAUACAAACUACUUCAACGAAUCCAAUCAAAGUCAUUUGCUUCAUGAUCAACUCAUCUACCUGUUAGAGGUCGACGUACCUACGCGUCAAAGCUCGCCGCAAAGUUCAACGUCAGUGGAAAUCAUUCCGAAUGGUUCUGAAGAUGAACUGGUUAGUUCUUCGCCACCGAAGAAGCAGAUCUCUGGGAGCGAAGGAAAGUCCGAUUUGGACAAAACGGAGGAUUCGGAGGAUAACGGGACGCAUCUGUCGAUCCAGGCGAUCACGGACACCCUUCUGAAGCAUCCGGAGUUUCAAGAGAAGAUCGCCGAGAAUAUUAACAAGGUGCGUCUGAGCGAUGGAGCUCUCGAUACGCCUGAGAAGCUGCAGAACGACAUUGACAGCGCCAUCAAAGCCGUGCUAGAGAAGACCCAGAAUGAUCCGAUGUUCGAGACGCUCAUGGGUGAAAUCAUCGGUACAGCCGCUGACGAGGAAAUGAUCUUCAACAACGAGAUUCAAUCUCCGCCGUCAGAAGAGCCGCCGCCGCUGACACCGCUAUCAACGCAGCCAAAGCAGCCCCCACAAACCGAAGCAUCCAUGGAGACGAUAGACGAUCACAUCAAGGUUGCCGUUGAUUCGAUAGUGACCGCAUCGCAGCAGCAGGUCAAUAACUCGCAAUUUGCCGACAACAGCAGCGGCAAGGCCGUAAUAGACAUGAACAAGAGGCUCACCGUAAACACGAACAACGAUAUCAUAUUCUACGAUGGAACAAUCGACAAUUACAUGCAGCAACAGCAGCAGCAGGACAACAUGAAUCCUUCGCCGGCAGUGCCACCUCUCGUCCUCAACAAUUUGCUGGUGAUGACGUCCACGCCCUCGCACCAGGUCAACUCGGUCGAUGCUACUAAACCUUUUUACCUGUUUAGCGGAUCGCCGUACGUGAAUGUGGCUCCAACGCAACCGUAUUUCGUGUCAAACAAAGUGUUGACGGAAAAGGACAUUCUUUCGAUGCCCACCGUCAUCCUGAACGAUGAUAAAAGCAAGAAUACGGAGCCGAAGUCGACCAAGAAGAAGUCCGAAGACGCGCUGAACGAGUAUCUCUCGUUCAACAAAAGUAAAGUCGAGCCGAAGGCGAUAAUUCACGUGGAGGUGCUGCAGGAGGAUGAUGAUAAAUCGACGAAGGAACAACAAGAACAACAGCCAAAUACGAACGAGCAGAAUGCUGCAAAUCCUCCCACCUCUGACACCGCGAAGAGGACGCCGGAGAGCAAGGGAGGUGGAGGAGGAGGCAGCGGUCGAAGAAGCGGUGUAUCGACUCCGCGAAGCACAAACAAAUCGCACGUAAGAGCGCUGGAUUUCAAGUUCCAGACACCGUCAAAAGAUGUGGUCGAAGUACGAAAGACUUCGCCCAAAGUAUCGACCGCAAAGUCGCUGUUCAGUUCCGGCACCAAGUCGAAAUCGCCGAAGAAGAAGAGAGCGGAAACGAAGAAAUGCGGUGUUGGCAGCGGCAGAAGCUGGGAUGCUGAUUUGCGUGCGACGUUGCCCGAUUUGGGACACAAUGUGAAGAAGAAAAAGAAACCGCCGCCCGCCAAAUCGAAGCCCAAACCGAAUCUAAACAGGACCGAGGAAGAUGCGAAGCAAAUAGAGAAUAAUUUGCAUUUGGGCGAAAAUUUGAAAGAAAAACUACCACAACCAUCGGAAAAGAAGAAUGGAUGCAGCGUCGAUUUGCAACAAGAGCAACAGCAGCAACAUAAGAACGCUGUAGAGGUGGCGGAUGUAGUGAAUACAAUGAAGGAAGAUGAACAGGAGAAGGAAAAGGAGCGAUUGCAGCAGGUGGAGAAAGCUGAAGAGGAGACGUCGCAGAAGAGGCAACAGCAGCCAAGGGGAAGAAGAUCAAGGAAGCAAAAGUCUGCCGGUAAAGCGAACGUGACGGUGCAGAUUAUUGAGAGCGAGAAUCAAGUGCACGAAAUCGCGUUGCGCAAUUUCAAUGCGAAGCCCCGUUUCCAUCGGAAAUGCAACAUCGAGAAUAAUACCAAGUUUAAACCUAUUCCAGAUAAAGAGGUGGUGUCCGUCGGCGUCGCCUGCACCCCCUUGAUCAUCGCCACGUCGCCGACCGUCGUCGAUGUAGACAGCAACAGUCUUCCUGUCCUCUCAAUUCCGGACACGAGCAGCUUCGCCACUCCCGAAGCUCUCAAAACCGUCGUGACCGAAGCGGCGAAACCCAUCUCCGCGGGUCGCAACAUCAUGCCCAUCCUGGAAACCCCCUACAAGGAGGGGAUCUGCCCGAAGACGCCCGGACGAACUCCGAUGUCCACCGUGGAGACCCCCUUCACGAAAGUCUUCAACGAACAGAUGGAGGGCAUCGACAUCUCGAGCAUACAGACGCCACAGCUCACGCCCUUCCCAAUUACCCCGUUCAUCCACGGCGAAACUCCCUACUCAAAUCGACCUACCGAUUAUUCCACUUCCAGUUCUUACUAUCAACCAUCAGAUACGGAGCAAAACAAAUCGCUGGAAUUGCAGAUCCUCGAAGAGUGCAAACGACUGGAGGUCAAGAAAACACCGUUGCACCAAUUAGAGGUUGAUAAACAACCGCCGCCGCCGUCGAGUCCACCAGCACCCGAAGAGCAAGAAUUGUUGAAGAAACAGGACGCCGCUCACAGGGUUAUUGCCGACAAAAUGAAAUCUCUAUCAUCGAACGUCAUCGGCAGGAAGAACCUGAGUAUGGUUCCGAAGGACGUGCACAAGACUCAAGACGACGAGGAUGAUGUGGAUAACGAAGAAGAGGAGGAGGAUGAAGACGAUAGCGACGAUUCGUCAUCCUCUUGCGACAGCGAUUCUUCAUCGUGUUCCUCGUCAUCGAGCGGCGAGACGUACGUGAAUCGGACAAUAGUCGAAGUCAAGGACGAAACGAGAUACUCGCUGCGUUCUACCAGGCAGCAGAACAACGACGAGAUCAAGAACAUCAUUUCCCAGGUGAACGUUAAGAACGAGUUGGUCAAUGCAUCGAACAUGGACCACGUCAGCACGAAGCAGCAGGUCCUAAGGGAGUUGGAUGAGAAGCGGCGCAGAACAAUUGCGAAAUUCAAGAACGAGAACACACCCAGUGCAGAGACGCGAAAUCGAAAACUGCUGAAAACGAAAACCGAAACUCCGGUACAACAGAAUUUGACGCCGAAGCGAGUCCUCAGAUCUACAGUCAAGACGAAAGUGAAGAAGGAAGAGGUUAUCGAUACGGUGGAGCCGAUGCAGUUGGUUGAAACGGAAAUGCUGUGUUCGAAUAGUUCGGGUUAUUGUGAUGACGAAGAAAACGGCAAAGACGAUAAGGAAGCGGAGAAGCUGGUAACUGGUCUGAGGGAACGGGGAAUUUAUCUGAUUCCCAACAAAUUUGCGAAACGUAAUGGAGUAGGAGGAGGAGUCGAGAGCGGUAAGAAGGAUCACCAGGAAGUUUCGACGCACUCGUCCGAUUUGAACAACUCGAAUGAGGAGAACAAGAUUAAUGCACAGAACGUGCAGAAAUCGAGCAACACCAGAAAGGAGGAGAUGUACUCGUUUCUGUUCGGACCGGACGACAGCAAAGACUGUGAGAGUGAGAUAAUCAAAACAACAACAAAUAAAGAUGACAGUGGUAAGCAGCAUCAAAAUCGUCGUCGUCGUCCUAAUCAUCGAGUGGAAAACAGAACAAACGCAACAAAGGAUGGCGUUAAAAAGAGCAACGGCACAAAGAGUGAUAAAUCGACGCAAGAAGGGCAGGUGAAGAGGGCACCUGCUAAAAGUGAGACGAAUCGUAAAAAAGAUUCUAAAUCGCUGAAGGAUAAUCGGCGCAAUUCAAAAACGACAAAAUCGUCUGACAGUUUGCCGCCGCAACAGGAGAAGGACGUUGUCGAAUCAUCAGAAAAGAAGAAAACUGAUUCGAAGUCGAGCAAGUCGGAAGAGGUGAAGAAAAGGAAAAAAUCCGAAGAGGAAACGAACAAAGUCAGUAAAUCUCAAGGGGAGAGCCAGAUCCGCAAAUCGGACGAAGAGACUAAGAAGAUAGAAAAAUCCGAUGAAAUUAAGAUUAUAUGUGAAUCGGAAACUAAAAGUAGUAGUGAUAAAAAUACGGAAAUAACGACAGUAGUCAGUGAACAAGUGAAUAAAGUUAAAGAAAGCGCAGAUGAUGUUACUACGAAAGACUUGAAAUAUGUGGAUGCUGUGGAUUGCUUAAAGAAAUCCGAAGAAGACAAAGUGAUGGACAGAACGAAAGAAAGUGAGGUAAAGAAGAAGAUUCAAUCGACGAAUCUAAAGACUGAACAUCAAAUAAGCAAACAGGAGAAGGAAGGAGAUCCGACAAUUUCGAAAGGUGUUGUUUGUAACAGCGGUGAUGCAAAUGAAGGGAGCAAGGGCGUCAACGAUGUUGAGAAAUCAAAGAAGAUAAUGCUCAAUGUUGAUGCGGUGUCGAAGACUGACGAUUCCAAAACUAAAGAUGCAGCAACUAGGUGUGAAGUUUUUGUUAUGAAGCAGCAGGAAGAGGAUAAUGAACCGUGGGAAGAUGAAUUCGAUAGAUCCCUCAUGUGCAUUGAAAAUUUCGAAUAUCGUUAUGUGGAAUCCGAUCCGCCCCAUUUGCCGGAUGUGCAACUGCCUUUGGAUAUUGACGAAACAGUAGAGAUCGGUGUGCUGCUAGAAAAUAACAGAAUCGUGCCCAUCAAGUUGCAAAAGGUGGGCGUUCGGGACUUUUGGCACGUUGCCCCGAAGCCACCCAAUGCGCAGACGAUGCCGAAGAAGCGAAAGAGGAAUUUUAUCGAAGUGCUCGGCGAUGUCAGCGUGACGCCCGUCAGUAAGGUAGCGAAGGUCAAGGAGGAAAUCAAGCAGACGACGACUGUCGAUGAGGAAUCGUCCAAGAAAAAGUUCAGCAAGCAUCAAAAUAUCGAAGACAUUGUAGCCGAUCUAAAGAAGCCAAAGACGGAUUCUUGUCUGCUCAAGGAGGUGGACGUCGACAAUUUCCUGGACAAAUUGCACGGAGCAUAGUGAUGUGUGUGUGUGCGAAUGGUGGAAAAUAAGCUGCAACACUAUGUACGAGUGUGCGUGUGUAAUAUUGUGUACCUGGAAAGCUAUUUAUUUUAUUUUGUUAACUACUAUUACGUUUUAUUUCUUCCUUCAUUGUACAUUUCUAUUGAUAAUCUGUAUACUAACAUUUAUUUCAGACCCUUUGAAUUUAUAUUGUAUUUUAUAAAUAUUACCUUUCAAAAUGUAAAUAAUCCUUUAAUAAUGGAAAAAAGUGAAAUGGAGGAAGA